UAAUAUGGUGUACAUGGUCAUUUGCCCGUGGGGAAUAUGUUUCUUAGAAUGACUGUUUGUGGAUAUGGCUAGUUUUCUAUGAAAUUGUUUAAUACUUUUAUCCUUUUAGUAACUGGAUAUAUCUACUAAAGAUUGACCUCAACGUUGAACGAAAGAAAGCAACCAUAUUGUUAUUAUUGUUUUUUCAUCAUGUCUACCAAUCAAAUGUUCAUUGAUGAUGGUGCAGUCGCUAAGAAAUUUAAUGGGAAAAAAGUGUUGGCUGUCACAGAUUUUCAACCAACAGACGCCCGCAAAGCUUUUCCUUGUUUUGAUGAGCCCGCAAUGAAAGCGACGUUUACCAUCAGUAUUGAACACCGUAGUGAUUAUACAGCACUUUCCAAUAUGAAUGAGGUUUCCUCACAAAGUCUUUCGAAUGGACGUAUUGUCACAUAUUUCAAUAAAUCUGUACCAAUGCCGACAUAUCUUGUUGGAAUGAUUGUCUCUGACUUUAAAAGUUUGAAUGGUACAACUAAAAACAAUGUUACCAUUAAAACUUGGGGUACUCCUUUGGAAUAUAAAGAUUCUUCAUAUGCUUUAAAGAUUGCCCUAAAUGUUACAACAUUUCUUGAAAAUUAUUAUGGUGUCAAUUAUCCUUUACCGAAGCAAGAUAUGGUUGCUGUUCCAGAUUUUAACUCAGGUGCUAUGGAAAAUUGGGGUCUUAUAACGUAUCGAGAAAGUGCAUUCUUUUAUAAAGAAGGAGUUUCCUCAGAAACAAACAAGCAAAGAAUUGCCUCUGUUGUUGCUCACGAACUUGCCCACAUGUGGUUUGGAAAUUUAGUAUCAUGUCGAUGGUGGAAUGACAUUUGGUUAAAUGAAAGAUUUGCCAGUUACGUUCAAUAUUUGGCCGCCCAUGAAGCUGAGCCAGACUGGGAACUACUGGAACAAUUUCUUCUCCGUAACGUUCAUCGUGCGUUUCGAUUUGAUGCUUUGGCCAAUUCUCAUCCAAUCACAGUGAAUGUAGAAGAUCCAGAAGAUAUAAAAACUAUAUUUGAUGUAGUCACCUAUAGUAAGGGCUGCACAGUCAUACGAAUGUUGUCCGAUUUUCUGUCAGAGGAAACGUUCAGAGAAGGCUUAAAGAUAUAUUUGAAGAAAUAUAAAUUUGGUAGCGCUACAACUCAAGAUUUGUGGGAUGCUCUCAGCCUUACGUCUGGGAAAAAUUUAACAGAGUUGAUGGAAACAUGGAUUGAACAAAUGGGUUUUCCGGUUGUAUCUUUAAGAAGGGACAUAUCUGGAAAGGGUUUUGCUGAUCAGAGACAUUUUCUUAAUGAUCCUAAGGCACAUUUUACUGAACCUUCACGAUUUAAUUAUAAAUGGAUGAUAAAGCUUACUUAUGUCACCGAAAAUGAUUUAAAUAACACUAAAUUUGUGUGGAUGAAGAAAUCGACUGGUAUGAUAAAUACUGGUGUGCUGGUGUGAAAUUAUUGGUGUGCUGGUGUGACACAAAAACAAUCAAAAAAAUUAUGAUGAGCAAUAUAUAUGUGCUUGUGAAAUACUUGAAAUUUUGUCGUUGUUGACUCAAUGUUUUCUCAGAAAUCGUUUUUUACUCCAAUAAAUCAUCGUUUAUUACGUAA